GCCCGCCCCGCCGUACCUGACAGUACCUCCAAGCGUGCGCCUCGCCUCGUCUGCACAAUUGGGGCUGGCUUCGGCUUGGCGUCUCUCUCGGCCCACUUGCUCCUUCCAAUAGUUCCCCGACAUCGCUCUCUCUCUCUCGCUCUCUCUCUCUCCCUCCCGAUAGUGAAGGAGUCGCCAUGCAGUGUUCCCCUGGCGGAUUUUCUUGGAUUAAGCUGGAGAGGAUGCUUGUCCUGGUGCUGUGUGUGCUGCCGGUGGCACCGGCUCUGAGCGGAACAACCGGGCCGGCCCUGGACAGAAGCUGCGCGGACCUGCGCCAGUUCUACACCGGCAAGGGCUUCACGCUCGCCGGAGUACCUCAAACGGAGACCUCCGGUGAACAUCUAAGGACCUGUCCUCAAGGGCCAACCUGUUGUACCAAUAGCAUGGAGGAGAACCUGGAGACUCUAAGUGCACGAGAGACAGAGGUGCUGAUCAGAGAGGCCGGCAGGUCGCUGCAGGCUGCCUUCAACACGCUCUACAGAAGCUUUGACGCCUUUUUCACUGAGCUGCACGGUGGCUCGGAACGCUCCCUCCAGGAGGCGCUAUCUCCUCUCGGUGCCCUAUACUCCCAAAAUACAAGACUCUACGGCGAUUUGUACUCUGACCUGAAACAGUACUACCGCGGCUCAGCUCUUAACUUGGACGAGACCUUGACUGAAUUCUGGUCGCGCCUUCUGGAACGCACCUUUAAAAGCUCCACGCCGAGAGAGGUCACCCUGUCCGAGGACUACCUGGAGUGUGUCGCUAAGCAACAAGAGACCUUGCGACCGUUUGGCGAUGUCCCGCGGGAUAUGAAAGCAAAGGUCAUUCGGGCCUUUGUCACAGCCAGGUCAUUUGUCCAAGGGCUGAUCAUCAGUGGGGAGGUUGUCAGGAAGGUUUCACAGGUUCCUCUGAGUCCAGAAUGCGUGAAGGCCUUGGUGAAACUGGUCUACUGCCCGCACUGCCGUGGCCUGGCCUCCGUCCAACCUUGUGUCAACUACUGCUCCAACGUCAUGAAGGGCUGCCUGGCAAACCAAGCUGAUCUGAAUCCCGAGUGGCGCAAUCUUAUAGAUACCAUGAUCCAGGUGGCGUCGAGUUUCAGCACCGAGCCCGGUCUGGAUGUGGUGCUGUCAUCCAUCCCCUCUCAGAUCUUUCGGGCUGUGCGCUUGCUGAAGGAAAACAUUGACACCUUUUCAGCCAAAGUGUACCAAACGUGCGGCACUCCAGUUGAGUCAGGCACAGAAAGUCCAACGCUUGUUGAGCCAAAGAAAAAGAAGAGCCGUCCUCUGACAGCUUCCCAAUACAAAGCCUCUCCUACCGCGGGCCUCCGACUUGAGAUGCAGGUGUCAGAUCUCUCCAGUAAAUUGAGGGAAAUGAGACAGUAUUGGCUGCAGCUCCCCAUGGCGCUUUGCGGUAAGUUGUCAACAGACGGCGGGGGCGGCGGCGCCGCCGACAAGGAGAAAUGCUGGAACGGCGUUACGAAAGCCAGAUACCUUCCUGAAGUGAUGGGGGACGGCUUGGCUAAUCAGAUCAACAAUCCAGAGGUGGAGCUUGACAUCACCAAGCCAGACAUGACCAUCCGGCAACAAAUCAUGCAACUCAAAAUGAUGAGCAACAGGCUCAAAAAUGCCAUGGACGGCAACGAUGUGGAUUUCCAGGACGCAAGCGACGACAUCGGCGGCUCAGGAAGCGGCUCGUGCCUAAGCGGUCAGUGUAGUCGAAGCAGACCGGGACUUUAUGCGGACCCUCAAGACACCGAGCGAGUCAAAGGGGCGGCCACGUGUCCAGGCCCCCGCCGCCCGUGGAGCCUCCUGUGGCUUCUCCCGUCGGCUGGCCUGCUACUUUUUGGUCGAUGAUGCUCUGCCACCUGCCGGACUCUGAGGUGCACAGAAUCAUCAUCCUACGGGAGGGAGCUGGAGGAAGAGGAACACAACAGUCCAUUCAAGAACGUUGGUGAAGAGGAUGAUCCAAAAGUGGCACGAACAACAGUCUUUGUUUGCUUUUUGUGCUGUCACUACCUAUAGUUUGAUUGUAUUUGUUGAGCUGGCUCCGAUGAAUUCCAAGAAAGAGAAUGAUGAAGAAACCAAGUUCCAGAAGAGGAGUGAACGGUGACAUGCUACAAGGUCUUUUGCGCUCCACUCGCCAGGGACUGGGAGCUCAGUGACAAAUGCAGCCGUGCGUGCGUUCAAGGCUAAAUAUUCUUUUCAUUUGAUCCCGUGUUGAGGGUGUGUGGUGUGUACCUAAACAACAUUUAUGUCAGGUGGAAAUGUACGCAUGUAUAGCCAGUGCGCAUCUUGUUUGCAUCCCAUGGAAGCAAGACAGGCAGGCAGGCAGGCAGGCGCCAGGGUGAGCCAUGGAUGUAUAGACUUAUAUACGUACUGCGCUCAUAAUAUAUUGGGAAGGAAUCCCUCAAAACCUGUCAAGUAA